GGUUGAGCCUGAGCGAUGUGAACUGAACUGGAGUUCAGUGCAAUGGAGACGUUUUGGCAAGAAUGAAACUUCAAAAGAAUGAAACUAUACAAUACGAUGCUAAACUAUAUGAAACAAAAGUCAAACUUGAUGAGUUCGCGUUGCACCACGCAUAGACCACUUGGAAUUGUGUGGCUUCUGCCACAAGGAGACUGGACUUUGUCUUUAGGACUCCAGCCGACGUCAACACGGACGUCUAGACCUAAACACAGACGUCUAGACCUAAACACAGACGUCUAGACCUAAACACAGACGUCUAGACCUAAACACAGACGUCUAGACCUAAGCAUGGCUGCUACGCUGCCAUCUAUGCUGCCAUCUACACUGCCCAGACCAGACUGUCAUAUGGACAGGAGUGGGAGCUUCUUUAAGGUCUCAGAUGGACUCACAAACUCAGACCUAAGCAUGUCUGCUACGCUGCCCAGACCAGACUGUCAUACGGACAGGAGAGGAAGCUUCUUUAAGCUGAUAGACACGUUUGCGUUGGAGAUAGGGGAGCUGAAGCAAGAGAUGGUCCAGACCUCCCCAACAGAGGACAGGGACCCAUACCCUAUGGUUCUACAGGGGUUGGAGGGGGAGUUGAGCGGGGUUUAUCUCCAGUCCUCGCCCUGUGCUGGCACCAGUGGUGAAAGGGAUUCUGGGUACGACUCCCUGCGUAGGAGGAUGAGUGUGCUGGACAGACUGAGGCAUACGCACCCCGUGUGGCUCCUGCUCACUCUCAGUGACACUGAGGCCACACAUAUACUGCUGCAGCAGCCUCCAGGGGUAUUCCUGGUGAGGAAGUCAUCCUCUCUUCAGAGGAAAGUUCUGUCUCUAAGGGUCAGUGAUGAUGACGCCUCAGGAGGAGCCGGAGUCUGUGACUUCCCUGUCAGAGAGAGUCAGUACACCUUUUCUCUGGAAGGAUCUGGGAUCAGUUUUGCAGACCUGUUUCGCCUGGUGGCCUUCUACUGUAUCAGCAGGGACGUCCUUCCCUUCACCCUGAAUCUCCCAGAAGCCAUUGCAGCCUCCAAGACUCAGAAAGACCUGGAGGAGGUGGCCCAACUAGGAGCAGGAUUCUGGCACUCUGCUCUAGGCAGCCUGCGAAGGACAACCUCUCCCUCUCGCCCUCCACCACAGCACCCUGACAGAGACGUUGACAACCAGGGUGCAGAGAGGACACAAGAGAAACAGAGUGUGACUCGCCACAGCAGCGUUCCUCCAGCUCGUCCCCCUUCCUCCUCCUCCUCCUCUCGCCUGGAGAGAAGCCAGUCCAACGGGGCUCUUUGCUUCGUCAACCCCCUCUUCCUCCAGACUCACUGGCGGCUUGAGGAAGACCCUUCAUCCUCUUCCUCCUCUCCUUCCCCCUACGUCACACACUCCACCCCCAGUCCAGGAACUACCGUUGGGACGUCUUCGGCCCCUGUCACGGACCCCAACGUGAACAGGAAGUCACGCCCACCUAGGCCCCCGCCUCCCCAUUCCCUCUUAUUCCCGCCCCCCCGUUCCCUCUCCCAGCGCCGCCAAGCUCCCCCUCCCCCCACCCAUCUACCCCAGAAGCCCAAGAGCAGCAUGCCCGAAACGCCCGCAGCCAUUGUUGUCACCAGGCAACCACUGCAACCUUCAUCCAAUCAGAACCUUCGCCCCACCCCUCGCCCUCCCAUGGGUGCCAGGCACAGCAGCCAUUCCAAAAAGAUGACAAGCAGCGCCGCCAUCCCUGUGCCCCACCAACACCCUCAGCACCCUCCUCACCCACGCCCCAAUAAACCUGACAUCGACGCCCACCGGUGCCACAUCGCUCUUGAUGACGAAACUAUCGCCAAGGCUCUGUCCCGUGCCAAGCUUCCCCUGGGAAAUGGUGCUGGUAGCCCCCCCACCCCUCCGGGUAAGACCCCCAGGCGAGAGGGACAAGAGGGGAGGCUGAGCGACAUGUCCAUCUCCACCUCUUCCUCAGAUUCUCUGGACUACUCCCACCCUCCCCUCUCCCUCCCCGCCAGCCCCCCUCUCAGAUUACAGCAUCACCUUGGCAACAACAAGGACAGCAGCGACGACGAAGACCUCUGUGACGAAGAAGAGGAAGACUACGGCGUCAGCCUGGAGAACGACCUGGACCAGGGCCUCCGUCCUCCCUUCAAAGCCCACCGGAGAGGGGUCGGGGUCAAGGUUGCGCUGAGCUUCCGGAAAGUUUCUGGAGUCUUCAGCACCUUCAUGACCCCAGAAAGGCGAGCCGUGAGGAGGAUAGCGGAGCUCUCCAGGGACAAGAGUUCCUACUUUGGAUGCCUGGUUCAGGAUUAUAUCAGUUUUGUACAGGAGAAUAAGGGGUGUCAUACGUCAGGCUUAGACCUCCUGCAGACCCUCAGACAGUUCAUGACCCAGAUGAAGGCCUACCUGACGCAGAGCUCCGAACUGGACCCGCCCAUCGAAUCCCUCAUACCCGAGGAUCAGAUAGACUCUGUCCUGGAGAAGGCCAUGCACAAAUGUGUGUUGAAGCCGCUGAAGGGCGUAGUGGAAGUGGCCCUACACGACUUCCAGGUGAGCAGUGGAGGCUGGCAGCAGCUGAGGGAGAACCUGGCCCUGGCUAAGACCCGGAGGCCCCAGGACCUGGGUGUGGACGGGGCCGUGCCCCCUGACCCCAUGGCCAUCGAGAAGAUCCGCCACAAGUUCCACAACAUGAGGAAGAUGUACUCCCCGGAUAAGAAGGUGUCGCUACUGCUCCGAGUGUGUAAACUCAUCUACACCAUCAUGCAGGAUAACUCAGGGAGGAUGUACGGAGCAGAUGACUUCCUACCGAUGCUGACCUAUGUCCUGGCCCAGUGUGACAUGCCUCAGCUAGACACUGAGAUCCUCUACAUGAUGGAGCUGCUGGAUCCCACACUGCUGCAUGGAGAGGGUGGCUACUACCUGACCAGUGCGUACGGGGCCAUGGCUCUCAUCAAGAACUUCCAGGAGGAACAGGCAGCCAGGGUCCUCAGCUCCGAGGCCAGAGACACCCUGCACCAGUGGCACCGCCGACGCACCGCCCAGCGCACGGCCCCCUCCGUGGACGACUUCCAGAACUACCUGCGAGUCGCCUUACAAGAAGUCAACAGCGGCUGCACAGCCAAAACCCUCCUCGUCCACCCGUACUCCACCACCGAAGAAGUAUGCUCGCUCUGCGCCUACAAGUUCAAAGUUCAUGACCCCGAGAACCACGCCCUCUUUCUCAUCACUGAGGCAACCAGUCAGCAGCUAGCCCUGGACACACACCCCCAGCGAAUCAAAGCGGAGAUACACAGCCACCCAAACUCGCAACCCUUCCAUUUUGUCUACCGCAGAGUGCCCAACCUUAACCUGUGUAUACCAGCUAUCCCAGCUAACCAGCACAAUGGCAACUGCCUACUGCCUAGCCAAUUGGAUGAAUGAAACUGAAUUGAAAUGAAAUAAAACCUUAUUGAUCCCUAGAGGGGACAUUGGAUUUUUCACUAGUGUACAAACACAUACAGGAACAAUUCAGACUCAUACAUCAGCACACAUAGACCUGAGAGAGCACUGAUGGAGGGUGGAACAAUUACCAUACCAGACUGCUGAGACUGAGGCAGUCCUAAUAUGGACACCACACGGGUAUGAUGGAAUGAUACUGAAUGGUGAUACUGAGGAUGUCCUAAUAUGGACACCACACAGGUAUGAUGGAAUGAUACUGAAUGGUGAGACUGAGGCAGUCCUAAUAUGGACACCACACGGGUAUGAUGGAAUGAUACUAAAUGGUGAGACUGAGGAUGUCCUAAUAUGGACACCACACGGGUAUGAUGGAAUGAUACUGAAUGGUGAGACUGAGGCAGUCCUAAUAUGGACACCACACGGGUAUGAUGGAAUGAUACUGAAUGGUGAUACUGAGGAUGUCCUAAUAUGGACGUGUAUCCAUAGAAUGGUAGUGAAUGGCGGAAAUUGAAAAAAUACACUGUAUAUUUCAACUAUAGGGUCAGAGAAUGUUGCUGUGUGUUGUGAAGGGAUCCUAGACUACUCAAUGGAAAAAGUAGUUCCUAUUCUUCUAAAAGGAGACAGAAAGAGGAAGCAGGUGUGGAGAGAAGUGUCUGGUGUCUGCAUGCAUUUCACUCUCUUUUUAGGGAUACGGCACGUGAGCGUCAGGAGUUGGUUGGUCAAGUCCAGUGUCGGGUCAGCUUGGACUUUGUGUUUCCUAAAGGAGCACAAAAUGGCCGCCGCAGAGCCCUCCAUACUCUGAUACACGCGCUCUGAGAACUGACUGACGUUUCUAGUAGUAUGACUGGGGCCUGAAGUAUACUUUUUAAGAAACACCCUCGUGUGACUCUUUUGUGAGGUCAUCGGACCAGGAAGUUCUCUUACAUCACAUCCUCACGGUCUGUUUUCGUUACAAGGUCAAAUGUACAUGCAUGCUCCUCUUGCAGAAGUCAGUGUAUCUGACUUCUUCUAACACUGGGACCUGGUUAGAGAACGCUGAGCUUCUGCUCCUUUCCAGUGCCUGACUUGGGCAGGAGCUCAUCGGAGCUGAGUAGCGGCACCUCACAUGUUCUGCUGCUUGAGCUCCUGUUCCUCUUCUAGAAUAUUAGCUCAAUAUUAUGGAGCCCCUGCACCUGAAUUUGAACAGUACUGGCAGUCAGAAUCAAGUCCAGCGCUGCUGCUUUCUAUCCAGGUCAACACAUAGAAUGGGAUGACCCGACUGUGUGAUCUCACAGUUGUCUUUUACAUUACCUCUGGGGCUUGAUUCAAUCCGUAUCACCGAAAUUCAGCGCUAUAGCGGAAGGUUGACGUUUAUUGUCAUUGAGUCUUGCCCUGGGAGCAGCAGUGAGCGAUUUCCUCUAGAUGGGCCAGCUGCAAAGCCAAAAUUGUCUAUUUCGUAAAAAUUCAUGAAAACUAAAUGUAGCUUUUUGGUCAUAAUUUAAGGUUGGAGUUAGGCAUUCGGGUGAGCAGUGUGUUUAAGGUUAGAGUUAAGGUUAGGUUUUUAUGACUUUGUGGCUGUGCCAGUUAGUGACCACUCUGCAGAGCUGACUCCAGGGCAAGAUUCAUGACAAUAAAUGCCAACCUGCAUUUAGCAUGCUUGAUUUCUGAUUGAGCCGACAAAAUGCAGUUUACUAUGAAUGCAGUCUCCAUAAAUGCGGGAACAUUGCCAUUAAAUGUAAAUCGUGCUAUAACUUUGAACUUCAGCGAUAUGGAUUUAAUCGAGCCACCUCACUGGGCACAAACUGGUUGAAUAAACGUUGUUUACACAUCUUAAAAAAAAAUACGUUGAAACAACGUGGAUAGACAUUGAAUUGACGUCUGUGCCCAGUUGUCCUGGUGUGACGUAUGAAGAAGCUCAACAGAUGCUUUGCGAUGGUUGGCUGGACUUUCAUGUGGAUUUUGCGACCCCUACAAGAUAAUUGAAGAACGGCUUUGCAGCAGUAUGGACAUCAUAUCAACUUGCGUACUCUUGAGUUUACAACCUAACUGUCAUUUGCAAUGCCAUUAUAUUCAAACAAAAGAGAAACCCGCACACUGCUCUUGCUGGUAUUACUUAUUUUGAAAUAUGCUUUAAUUAGAGCAAGAGCAAUGUGCAGGUUUCUCUUUUCUUUGAGAUUAUCAUAUUCCCUCGCACCUGCAACCAGAUAACUCAGAUGUGCGAGUGUUU